AUGGCAUUCUUCGCACGACUUGGUGUGAAGGAUUUGGGAUCUUAUGCGCUGGUGCAGAGGUAUGAUCCCGUCUGGGCCGCGAAGAACUUGCGUAAUUCCUGUCGAGUGAAGGUGGUGCCGCAGAUUCAUGUCCCGAUCGUGUUCAUCCUCCACGUCUUCAUCAGCUUGGUCGAUGCGCUAGCUUACAUCCAUCAUGGACUUCACCGAGUCAACAGUGAGCAAGAGGACGAGUUGCAUGAAGUUGAUCCGAAUCAUAUCCCCAUCAUCCACGGCGACAUCAAACCCCAGAACAUCCUCCUCCGCUGGCCGGAGGGAAAACCAUAUUGCGGGCUCCUUAUUGUACUCGCGGAUUCCGGCUGUGCGGAGGUGGCGAGUCAGAGUAAGGGGGUUUGUGGGACGGAGGGGUAUGAUAGUCCGGAAGUUGCGGCCUUCCUACAGCUGAGGAAGAAUGAUCGUGCCAGAUAUGAGCGGGUGAAGGAUUCGCCAGUUAUGAGCACGAAGUCGGAUAUUUAUCAGUUGGAUCUUGUGAUGUAUAUCUUGGCCACGUAUGCGCUGUGGUCGAUUGGGGAGGCGAGGGAGAGGGUUAGGCUGCCGCCAGGUUACGAUGAGUUUGCGCAGGUCAAGAAGGAGUUGGAGGAGGCGAUGAAUUGCUGUUCGGAGGUCCAGCCAGGAAGGCGGCCGGAAGCGAGGGUUCUUCUGGUCAAGGCGAAAGUAUUGAAGCUGAGGCGAGAUCGGCUUGUCGAGAGAUAUGGAUUUAUGACAAAGUGA